AACCAUUUCGAUGUUUCACUGAAAAAAUUGUGUGUGCUGGGUGCCUAGAAUCCUAUUUGAACGUUGUUCGAUGAUUUUUAGUCCGGAAUUGUUAUUCAAAUCCUGGGAUUCAGGACGAUGGACUACAGAGCGAUGAAUGAAUCCUGCCAAUGUCCACGGUGUCGGUAUGAACUUCGUUUGUCCAAUCAGCCGAUGCCCUGCCAUGAGCAAUGUUUCCCGGAGAAAUAUCUGAUGUGUGGUUCGGAUCCACGUCCUCGCUGGCAGAACAGACCAGAUCCUCGGGAAGUUUUUCAGAAUUUUUCCCAAAGAAAUCCUCAAAUACUUUCUCAGGAAUCUGCUCAGAGUUGGAGUUUCCAGCAUCCUCCAAACUGUUUCUGUGGGCACCAAACUCCAAUUCGAGCUCUGCCAGACCAUUCUCAGCAAUUUUCACAAGAAUAUUCUCAGCAGUGUUCGCAACAAUCUCCUUGUGUUUCUCGUUGUGGCCAUCAAAAUCGACAGAACUGCUUUCAGCCGCCUUGUCCAAACUGGACCAGACCAUGUUGUUGCAUAACCCACGAAGUCGGCGUUCAAACGGACGAGGCGGACGAGUGCGAGAUCAGCGAGCCCGAGAUCAUCGAGCCCGAGUAUAUAGCGAUCACCGACAUUACCACAAAGGAGAUGAAGGUAAAGCAUCGCACCGGAAAGACGGAGACGAUCAUCGAAAAGGUUCAGUCGGUCACCCGGUUUCCCGUGACGGAAACUCAGCGCCUUGGGGAAAUCGAUAACGAAACAAAGUUCGUCCGUGACAAGGCCGAAGAAGAGGAUGCAAUUCCUCAUCGACCCAUGAGGCAUUCCGAGCUGGAGCCCUUGCUGGAGUCGAUGAGGGCGGAGGUGCCAAGAACUGAAUCUAAAGAUGCAAAGGAGGAGCUCGUCUACCAGGAAUAUGAGAAGACGGAGCGCGAUUUUGAUGACCCUGAAGCCAAGGUAGAAAAGAUAAUCAUCAAUGUCAAAAUUCCGGACUUGCCCGAAGCAAAAGCAUCGAACUCCAGCCAGCCCAAUGGUAUACCACCUCCUUCCCAACUGCCCAGUACACCACCUCCUUCCCGACAGCCCAGUGGUAUACCACCUCCUUCGCAACUGCCCAGUACACCACCUCCUUCCCGACAGCCCAGUGAUAUAGCACCUCCUUCCCGACUGCCUAAUAGUAUAACCCCUCCUUCCCAACUGCCCAACAAGGAUACAUCCCAGCCAUCAAUACCAGGAGACAUUUCCUCAAUUUCGGUGGAAGAUCCAUCACUUGUCAAGAAUGAUGUUACAAGUGAUAGCAGUUCGAAAGAUCUCGUUGUAUACGACCAGAAGGAAUUAGUAGAGACGGAGAUGAAAGAAGGACAUUCCGAAUCUGACAUCGUGAGUACCGUGCAUGUAAAGGUCACUAACAGAAAGGAGGCAUCCAUGAGGCGUCAUCAUGACGGGGAGCCCAAUAAAACAGCGUUCUUCGAGAGUAGCGUGUCCCAGGUGCUAAUAAAGAAGGCUGAGAAGAAAUUGGAAGAAAAAAAACCGAAGCGCCCGCCACCCAAAGUGGAAGUCAAGCUAGGCUAUCCACCAAACGACUUGGUCUGCCGAUACGCCAAUCCUCCGCGAUGCAGACCUAAGCGCGUUAGCUGCAGAUGUCCUUGUCCGCCCUCCAUCUCCUGCAACCAGUGUCCUUCCUGUCCCCGCAGCACAUCCCAAUGCGAUCCCAUCUACGGCUUCGGCGGCAUGUGUGUCGGAUACUAUUGUCUUUAAAACCAUUCCCAAUACUACAAGUGUCCAACUAACUAAAACAGUUUCCAAUAGUGCAAGUGUCCAACUAAAUCGCAUUACCAACAAUAAAGUGUUCCAAAAAUCAUGAUACAUAAA